GUUACUGCUGUGCAGCUGAUCUUCCAUGGACGGCGAUGGUUCUGAAGCUCACGGGAUUCCCGGCUCCACAACGGCUUUGCUGAGUCUGGUGGACAGGAUCCUGCGGCUUACCCAGCAUGACCAGGUGGCUUUAGCGCUGACCAGCAUGGAUCGUGAGCAGUUGCAAUUUCGAGCCUCUGAGGCUUCUCAGACACUCUCCUUAUGCAAAGAACGUGAGGGUGAGGCAGCGAGAAGGCCAGUGGAAUCGAGUUUUCCUUGCCUUUGCGGUUUAGCUGUGGAGUGCAUCAACGUGGUGGAGAAAGCUGAGUUGUCCACUGUUCUGGCGAGGCUGGUGACAGCUGGUUGCGAGGUUCUUGCAGCUUUGCUGUUACCGUUGGCAGAUGGUGAGGCAAGCAGCUUUGAUUGGAUCCGAGAAACCUUGGAGGAUCUCUCUGAUCAGAUCGACUUUCUGGCCCUUGAGGUCUACUGCGGACUGGGCCGUUUGGAGAGCAAAGUGCUUGAGUCGGAUGAGCUUCCAGUGGUCCUGGAUCCCAUUGAGGAUGACUUCGGGGCUUACUGGGGUUCCAUCGAGCAUCGCCAGGCCCUACAGGAGCUUUCAGCAUGGCUCAUGUGUGUGCUCUUUCGGGCCCUAGGCUAUGCCUCUGUCACAGCCUCUUCGCUCAUGGAAUUUGUGAACCACGACCUUCUUUGUCUUUGCUCGCUGCUUCGAGGUUUGUUCGCAGUUCGAGCAGAUGAUAGCUCUUUACCGCAUGAUACCAGCGAGAUCCAAGGCGUUGCGCUUGGUGCUCUUUGUGGGUUGACUGCCCCUGAUUUGGCAUUUCCUCGCAGUGAUGGCAGCGAGGGUGACAUCCACGAGCAGAACCGGUCCCUUCACUUCUACUUGGAGGUACUUGGAGCUGCCAUGGUUGAGACUGGGGUGCUCGAGUCUGCUGUGGAUGCUGCGCUUGCGCGGAGUAGCCACUUUCCAAAAGAAGGUGCAGCCACAGGCUCCAAGCUGAUUCAAUUCUUGGCCUCGCUGCUAGCGCAGGUGGCGACGCCAUUGCAUGAUGAUCCACAGUCUCCCUUGCUGAAGCUGAGAGCAGACGUGCAUCGAAUAGCCGACAAGCUUGGGCGCUUGCUCGAGGCAGUGGCGGCGCAAGGCUUCGACCAUCCAAUGAAUCUCCGUGAGCUGGUUGCCAGCUGUGCUUGCCUGGCUGCAGCCCUUGUUUUGCAAAGCGGGAUGUCUGAAGGCUGCUCUGAUGACCACUUCACGCUCAGCUGUCGUCUUCUGGUGACCAGCUGCUGCGAUGCCGACCUUGGAUGCACAGAGGCCAGCGACCGUGCGGCCAUGCUUGCAGCCUUGGGUGCGCUGGCUUCGAAUGUGGGAGAUUUGGAAUACAUCAGCCCACGGCUGAGCGAGCACAUCAGUCGUCUCUCAGCAGACGAUCUCGCGCGAGCUCGCAUGCGGCUCACGCGCCAUGACCGGCACGGCUUAGUGCUUACGGCAGCCGGCGACAGCUUGCUUGCCCUCUUUGGCACAGCGCCAGUGCCACAGGAGGUUGCGCCGCAUGCGGCGCCAAAGUCACCUCCUGCGAAACCAGGACUCCGGGACAUCGUGCAAAACGCACCCAAGGAGUUACGCUGUGCCCUCGAUGAGAAACUUCUAUGUGACCCUGUGGUCUCUCCAGGCGGUGUGAUCUUCGAACGCUCCACUUUGGCAAGGUGGUUGCAGAAACAUGGCAACACUUGUCCAGUGACAGGGGAAGGCCUCUGCUUAGAGGAUUGUAGUCGCUCUCCUGAGCUGCGAAAGAAGGUCACUGAGUGGGUGCGAGGUGAGGCGCGCCGUGAUGGAAAGCGGAAAGGCUGAAAAGUUGU